AUGCGGGAGCUCAACUUCCAGGGCGAUUCCAAGCUGGUGUGGGCGAGCGCCCCAGUCACCCCAGUCCAGUGGAGCCACGACUUUGCCAGACCCGAUUUGGAGGCGCUCUUUUCCAAGGUCUUGCAGACGAACCUGGACAUGGAGGGGGAAGCGGAGGGCGAGGAAUUGAGGGUUUGGACUAGCGAAGAUGCCCUGGUAGAUGUUGCGGAUGAUGGUGAUGCGGUUGAAGUGGCAGCCGAGGAGCUUGAGCAAGGAAGAGCUGAGGACCAGGAUGUGGCAAAUGCUGCUGAGUCAAUUUCCUUUGUCGAGCUGCCAGUGCUGGCAUCCGAAGGACUGGACAUGGAUGAGUUGCUGGCAGCCUGCCGUCUGGUUGCUGACGAGGACCCACGCCUCUCAAGCGCAAGUGAGGAGCGCUUGAGGCUCGCCAGCGAGGAUGUCCGCCGGCAACAAGACCUGCAAGAGAGCGGUGCUGUGAGCACAUCAAGACUCGUUGCGGCAGCUGGAGCAGCUGCUGCAGGCGCAGUAUCCUCAACCGUGUCGCUGUCACAGGCCUGGGAGCUUGGCGCUUCGGAGCCGGUUGCAGGAGGUCUUCCAGAUAUUCCCUUGUUCUCCGAUCUGCAGGAAAGCUUGGACAGCGGCCCAGACGAGGAGGCCAUGAGUGCUGUUGGCCGACUGCUUGCCGAGUGUUCGACAGACGAGCUGCCAACUCCCACUACAAGUGUGGACGCCCGCAUCGUUAUGAGUGACAGCUCCCAACGCCAAGCAUGGCUUCAAACCAAUGUGGUGGACUCCCCCCAGAAGCGCGUUCUCGGAGAGGAGUUCGGACCACUCCUUGUUCUUGAGAUCUGGGUUCUGCAGGAGCGCACCUGCACCUCACUGUUGCUGUCACAGGUGAACUGUGCUCAUAUCGUUGACGUGCGGCAGCACGGGAGUCUGUCAGCUUCGGAUCUCGCAUUUGAGAUACUUUUCACUUCUGGUGCAGAUCUAUUACAAGUCGACCCUAAAUCUUUGGCAAUUGCAAAGACUGCAGGUGCCAAAGAAGGGCAGCGACAGCGGCCAAGCGAUUUGCGGGAGCGCCUCCUGCUUGACAACGAUGUUUGGCAGCAGACAUCCAUUUUCAAUGUGCUGCCAGAGGAGUCGCCGGCGCCAAAGAUUGCUCCGGGACUCGCAGGACAGCAGCUUUCAUUGCAGUGCACGUUUGCGCACGCACCUUCCUGGAGCAGGUUGGAG